UUUUGGAUCCUUGUAGGACCUGUCGGACCGCGGCUUAUAAAGUCGUGACGUCACCGUUGACCCACACAUCUUUGUCAGUGAACAAAAUGGCAACUUACUGUCUCACUGUCGCCCGGCUUCAGCUGGCUCUGGGCCAUGGUGCACGGCGUCUGCAUGUAUCGGCAGCUUACAGAGCCAAAGUGGCCAUGAGCCGCUUUGAGCCUACUUCCUUCGUCAACUAUGAGAAGCUCCGAUCCAACGUAGACAUUGUGCAAAAAAGACUCAACCGGCCACUCACUUUGUCAGAGAAGAUCGUAUAUGGCCACCUCAAUGACCCCCACAACCAGGAGAUCGAUCGUGGUCGCACCUACCUGCGGCUCCAUCCCGACCGUGUGGCCAUGCAGGAUGCCACAGCUCAGAUGGCCAUGCUUCAGUUCAUCAGCAGCGGCCUGCCAAAGGUGGCUGUACCCUCCACCAUCCACUGCGACCACCUGAUAGAGGCCCAGACCGGAGGGCCAAAGGAUCUGGCCAGGGCAAAGGAAAUUAACCAGGAGGUCUACAACUUCCUGUCGAGUGCUGGGGCAAAGUAUGGCGUUGGAUUUUGGAAACCAGGAUCUGGGAUCAUCCAUCAGAUCAUCCUUGAGAACUAUGCCUACCCUGGGGUAAUGCUUAUUGGUACGGAUUCCCAUACACCCAACGGUGGUGGGCUCGGUGCUAUCUGCAUCGGCGUUGGAGGAGCCGAUGCUGUUGAUGUCAUGGCAGGAAUUCCCUGGGAGCUCAAGUGCCCGAAGGUGAUUGGAGUGAAGCUGACGGGAACCCUAUCUGGAUGGACGUCUCCUAAGGACGUCAUCUUGAAGGUAGCCGGCAUCCUGACUGUGAAGGGAGGCACUGGAGCCAUUGUAGAGUACCAUGGACCAGGAGUUGACUCCAUUUCCUGUACUGGAAUGGCUACAAUUUGCAACAUGGGAGCAGAGAUUGGAGCCACAACCUCAGUGUUUCCGUACAACCACCGCAUGAGGACAUACCUGCACAAGACUGGACGUGGUGAGAUCGCUGCGCUGGCUGAUGAAUACGCUAACCUGCUGGUUCCAGAUGAAGGCUGCGAGUACGACCAAGUCAUUGAGAUCAAUCUGGAUGAGCUGAAGCCACACAUCAACGGACCUUUCACUCCUGACUACGCCCACCCAGUGUCUCAAGUUGGUGCGACAGCAGAGGAAAAGGGCUGGCCACUGGAGGUUAAAGUUGGUCUUAUUGGCAGCUGCACCAACUCCAGCUAUGAGGACAUGGGCCGUGCUGCCUCUGUGGCCAAGCAGGCUUUGGAUAAAGGCCUCAAGUGCAAAGCUCAGUUCACAGUAACACCUGGCUCCGAGCAGAUCCGUGCCACCAUUGAGAGAGAUGGAUACUCCAAGAUUUUUGGCGAUGUGGGAGGUAUUGUUCUGGCAAAUGCAUGUGGACCCUGCAUUGGACAGUGGGACAGGCGUGAUGUGAAGAAGGGAGAGAAGAACACCAUUGUCACUUCCUUCAACAGAAACUUCACUGCCAGAAAUGAUGCUAACCCUGCAACACAUGCAUUUGUCACUUCCCCAGAGAUCGUCACUGCUCUUGCUAUCGCCGGCACACUAAACUUCAACCCAGAGACAGAUUAUCUCACAGCCUCCAAUGGUGAGAAGUUCAAACUGGUGCCACCCACUGGAGACGAGCUCCCCACCAAAGACUUUGACCCAGGACAAGACACCUACCAGCACCCGCCUUCUGAUGGCAGCAGCCUCAAGGUGGAUGUCAACUCUCAAAGCAACCGACUGCAGCUUCUGGAACCUUUCGACAAGUGGAGUGGAAAUGAUCUGGUGGACAUGCAGGUUCUGAUCAAGGUGAAAGGCAAAUGCACUACAGACCAUAUCAGUGCCGCCGGACCAUGGCUGAAGUUCCGUGGCCACCUGGACAACAUCUCCAAUAACAUGCUGAUUGGAGCAGUCAAUAGUGAGAAUGAUGCAGUCAACAGCAUCAAGAACCAUCUGACAGGGGAGUAUGGAGGAGUGCCCGAUGUGGCCCGCCACUAUAAGGCCAAUGGUGUGUCCUGGGUUGUGGUUGGAGAUGACAACUAUGGCGAGGGCUCCAGCAGAGAACAUGCUGCUCUGGAGCCAAGGCAUCUAGGAGGAAGAGCCAUCAUUGUGAAGAGUUUUGCCAGAAUCCAUGAAACUAACUUGAAGAAGCAAGGUCUGCUGCCACUGACCUUCAGCAACCCGUCAGACUACGACAAGAUCCGCCCUGAUGACAAAAUCUCCAUCACAGGACUCCAGACUUUCACUCCAGGAAAGCCUUUCAUUGCCAUUGUGAAGCAUAGUGACGGCAGCGUGGACGAACUGGAACUCAACCACAGCUUCAACGAGACACAGAUUGAGUGGUUCCAGGCUGGGUCUGCCCUGAACAGGAUGAAGGAGCUGCAGCACUGAGGAAGAAUUCAACCAAGAACAUGUGGAGGAUUUUUAGGGAGAAACAGGGUGCUGAGGGGAAGAAUGUAGAAACUAUAAAUGAUGGCUCCAUGAUCUGCAUUAGCACACAUGUUGGACUGAAGUAACGCUGUACGUUCAACAGUAGAUUACUCCAGACUGAGUGCAGAGUUAAUGUCAGAGAUGGAACAUAACCACUUUUUUGUGUGCAGAUACUUGUAAGAACCGAAGGUAUUUUUAGCCACUGUGUUUCAUAAUCAGUUUUAAAUCAGUCUGUGCUGCGAAAACAAUUAAAAAUGCUCACAGCACACAUACAUUAAGCUUCAUGACAUAACUACAUACUGGAGCUCAGCCAGCUGAUCGCAGUCAAGUCACCUUGUUUUCAGGAUUGUGUUGUACACUGCAUGGCAUUAAUCAGCUUCAGUUGAUAGUAGUGUCUCAAUCUGCCUCUAGUGUCAAGUCCAGAACUGUUCGCAUUCAUUACAUUACGUCUGGUCAGUGAGCAAACAGUUGCAGAGGUUUAUUUCAUACAGAGGCUCUAAUACUGUGUAAGAAUACAGUAACACUCCUCCAUCUUCCUCCACCAAUCUCCAGCCGCCUCCUUAUUAAUCCUAAUCUCUUUUUUAAAGUCAAGCACAUCAUAAGGAUUUUCCUGUUUUUUAUUUAUUGACUGAACUUUUCACUUCCUACACAAUUGUUUUUUUUCUUUCAGGCUGAAGUCAGGCAUGUUUGCUUUUCCAUCUCUUCUUAUCAGUAACCUUUUUUAUUAGGUGAUGAGUCCAACAAAACAUGAAAAAACAGUUAAUGGGAAAGUAACUGCAGACGUUAAGAAACUUUUAGGUGGAAAAAUAUGAGAAUAAUGAUGUUAUACUGUAAAUGACCACUGUGGCUACUCGUAAAAAGAAAAUCUACAUUAGUGUGUGUCAGCUGCUCUUCUAUAUAAAGAGUCUGGAUCCAUGUACAUUUUCAGUAUUUGUAUUUUGUUUUUUUUCCCCAUCCCCAGAUCAUUUUUCUGUCUUACAGAAAUGCCAAUGGGUUGUACAAUAAAGAUUAACAGAUCUCAUUUAUUCACAUUGCCUCAAAUGAUGUGAUAAUUAAAAGUCAGAUCCAUUCAUGUGACGUGUGUGUAAGGUAAACUGACAAGUUAUCAGAAUACUACAACUAAAAUGAUCU